GCAUCGCUGCCAUACCCGCACGGCUCGUCACAAUAUAAGCGGCAAGGCGACGGCUUUUCCCUCUCUGUGGAUUCGCUGAAAAGACGUUCCCUCACAGCUCUCCUCUCCCUGCCCUCUCCCCCUGCAAUCUUCCCCAGAUUUGAUUAUUUGUCCUUCAUGAGUUCAACAACCGCUGAAGCAUACGUCGUUUCCUGUAACUCGGGAAACAAGAACAACUGCAACUGCUUCUACCUCUGGAUUCUGUUGGGCUUACUGCCAAAGUUUUUGGGUACUGCUUUUGCAUACGUGAACUUCCUCCUGAUCAAGGCCAUUGACAGAAGUCCUUCAGCACUUUGUGGAGUUAAGACAUUUGGAAAGAUCACCCUUUAGCCACUCUGGGCAUCCUCUUUUGGCAGUAUUUGAGUUGGUCUGUUGCAGUUGGCAGUGGGUCUUCACACCUGGCAGCAUGGUUUCUUCUCAGUUUUCUACUUCUGCCAAGGCUCAGACAUGCAAGCCAUCUCAGAGCCAUCUGUUCUUCCCCAUGAAUUCUCAAGAUUCAGUUGUUUCGGACCAUGUUGAGCUAGAUUUUUCAGAUGUAUUUGGUCCUCUACCCUCUCAGCUGACAAUAGAGGUGAAUAUUGGCGAUUCAGUAAAUGCUCUAGCUGGUGUGGAUGUGACCGAACUCGUAUAUGAUGAGCCAGCUGUUGUCCAUAGCCGAUCACACUCUUUUGUUGGCCCCUCUUCUUACGUUAGCCAAUCGUUGAAGCUAAGUAUGCUCACUUUGCAUGAAACCGAUGAGUUGAUCCAUCUUGUAGAAUCUGUUAAGGGAGAAGCCAUCAAGGAGCUCCCGGAGCUCUCAACUGAUGAUGAAGAAAAUGAAGUGUCUGUUGAAGCUAUUGAAGGGAUUUCUGGAGAUGCCCAGAGUGUAGGAAUUGAGGAUUUUGAGGUUUUGAAGGUUGUUGGUCAGGGUGCAUUUGGAAAAGUUUAUCAGGUAAGGAAGAAGGGAACAUCUGAGAUCUAUGCCAUGAAGGUCAUGAGGAAGGACAAAAUAAUGGAGAAGAACCAUGCUGAGUACAUGAAAGCAGAGAGGGAUAUUCUAACUAAAAUUGAUCACCCGUUCAUUGUCCAGCUCAGAUACUCUUUCCAGACUAAGUAUAGGUUGUACCUCGUGCUGGACUUCAUUAAUGGCGGACACCUCUUUUUCCAGCUUUAUCAUCACGGACUCUUCAGGGAGGAUUUGGCACGUGUUUAUGCUGCUGAAAUCAUUUCUGCAGUGUCUCAUCUUCACGCAAAUGGAAUAAUGCACAGAGACCUGAAACCUGAAAACAUUAUAUUGGAUGCAGAUGGUCAUGUUGUUUUAACUGAUUUUGGGCUGGCAAAGGAAUUUGAAGAGCAUGCAAGAUCUAAUUCUAUGUGCGGAACUGUAGAAUAUAUGUCACCUGAAAUUGUCCUCGGAAAGGGCCAUGACAAAUCUGCAGACUGGUGGAGCGUGGGAGUCCUCUUAUUUGAGAUGCUUACUGGAAAGCCUCCUUUUAUCGGUGGAAACCGUGAAAAGAUUCAGCAAAAGAUAGUGAAAGACAAAAUCAAGCUUCCAAGCUUCUUGUCUAGUGAAGCCCACUCACUGCUUAAAGGGCUGUUGCAAAAAGAGGCAAGCAGGCGCCUGGGCAGUGGGCCCACAGGGAGUGAGGAUGUCAAGCGCCACAAGUGGUUCAAGGUGAUCAACUGGAAGAAGUUGGAGGCACGGGAGAUCAACCCGAGCUUCCGGCCUGAAGUUGCAGGAACGCAGUGCAUUGCAAACUUUGAGAAAAAGUGGACGGAGAUGCCAAUCGUGGAUUCUCCUGCUGCAAGCCCGACAACUGGAGUCAAUCCUUUCUCUGGAUUCACUUAUGUGAGGCCACCCGCCUCUUUUCUUCAGAAGAACAACAGUUAGUUUGGCAUCAUAAAAGGGCUACAUCUAGCUAGCUUUAUUUUCUUCUCUCAUCUUCUCUUUAUAGAUUGUUAAUGGAACGCCAGAACUGGUCUGCUGUGUCGGAUAAAUAGUCUGGGAGAGGAGUCGACAUUUGCACUCCUCUUUUGUUGUGUGCCACGGUUUUUCUUUAUGUGGCUAGAGGUUUUCUGUACAACUUAGUUUGCUGUGGCAAAUGUAGGACAUAUCUCGACAGCAGAUGUUCUGAUUCACUCAUCACAGUUCUUGCUAUGGCUUUUUUUAUUGUAAAAUUAGAUGGAGUUGCCGAACCAGAAACAUAAUACCCUAUCAAGUUUCAAUUCAGUUUCAUAGAA